UUCUCCAUCCGGCUGGGCACCAGCGCGUUCGCCAACACCACCCUGGCGAUGAGGCCCGUGACCGUGUUCGCCCCCAUCAACAUGGCGUUCCAGCAGUUCCCGCCCAGCGAGCGCGACGAGAGCCUGGUCCUGUACCACAUUACGAACCAGCCCAUGAAGCUGGAGGCGCUGACGCAGCCCAUCGUGUUCUCGCAAAUGGAGGGCAACCCGCCGCUGUGGAUCACGCACCGGAGGGACCAGGGCCAGCACACCGAGGACGUGUACGUCAACAACGCACGCAUCGACCGGCAGGACUCGGACUACAGCGGCAAGAACACGCGCGGCCAGGUUCAGGUGCUUCACAAGAUCGACGAGGUGCUGCAGCCGGUGCGCAUCAAGGCAGGCGUCUCGGCCGACACACUGUACAACCCCAACGCUGCCCAGCUGAUCCAGCAGAGCACCAACUUUGACCUGGACUCGUACACGAUCCGCUCGUUCGCCGAUGCCGUCUCUCGCCGAAAGGUUGACAUCUUCAACAAGGAGGGUCGCUUCACUUUCUUCAUCCCUGUCGACUC